AUGGACGCCUCUCCGUUUGACUGGGACAUUUUCAGCAAAAAGGCGCAGCAAUUAGCCGACACGGAUUCCAUUUACGUCGAGGCGAAGAGCGAUCCUUCGACUUAUCUCGCGGACAAGCGCUUUCACUCCUCCUUCAUAUGCCCCAGGUCCAAGAAACGCGUCACCUAUGCCGAUGUAGGUUUGCCAAGCGGGACGCCGGUCCUUUUCUUCCUCCAGAGCCAUUGCAGCCGUUGGGUUGCGACCUGGCACCGGCGGUACAGAGACGUGUAG